AUGCAGAGCACCUACCCAAAGCAGAACUGCGGGUGCGACUUCUGCCGCAGCCGCCGCUCCGUCAACGCGAAGAAGCUGGCGGCGAGCCAGGCAGCUUUUCAGCGAAGCGGCACGAUGCAGCGCAACGGCUGCAACUGCUGCUGCCACAGCAGUGGUCCGGGCGGUGUCUCGUCUUUUGACCCCGAAUACCCGGUGCCGGUCAACCAGACAGCCCUCAACGCUUCCCGCGGUCGCAACGGCGUGCCUGAAGGAAACCUGUACACGAUUCGGAACAACUCCACGCGUGCGGCGGGGCCUGGUGCCUCGCAGACGGCCGGCGGGAACGGCUUGAUGAAGGAGACGGCGGCGCAGCAACAGGCCCGCGAAGCAGCGGAGCUGGAUGCGCUGGAGCGCCUCCUCAUGCUGGAGUACAAGGCCCGGACGCAGGCGACGAUGGAGGCGGAGCGACUCAAGCGAAACGCCACGAGCGCAACUAUUCGUGGUCCGAAGCCUGUGCCGGAGGGCUACACGAGCGGCUCGAUAGCUGACAGGAUGGGGUACUCGGCCUCUGGUGCGGAAGGCCACGGCAGAACAGCUGUCGGCGAGGGCACCUUCGUUCCGGGUGCUUGUACGAUCCACGAGGCGUACGCGAUGGCGCACGAUUGCCCUGCAGAGCCGCCGGCGCAGUGCCAUGCUUCUCACCGCUUACAGGACACGCUGGAUGACGUGCGCAAGGUGACCGCAGACCCCGUCCACACCGGUAACCGCCGCGCACUGCAGCAGCUGCUUCAUCAGCAUGGUAUGGCUGAAGCGCCGAUGAGCGAGAACGGUGCUACCACCGGCAAGGCCGCCAGCAGGAUAGAGCCGAAUGCGUUCGGCUCGUCGCUGGCGCAGAUCCGCACGAGCUACGCGCACCCCCGCGGCGCCGGCCUUGUGUGGGUGCCAACGGCGUCGAUGGCGGCCGCGUCUCAGUCUUCCAUGAAGGACUCGGAUGCUUUGGUGGUGGAGCGCAGCGCUGCUGCCGGUGCUGACAGCUCGAAGCGUCCUUCAGGGCUAUCGCCUGGCGCCGCAGCUGCUUUGGCCGCCGAUGAGAAGAAAGCGAAUUACGCCGCGUGCCACUGA